CCUCUAUCACACUAAUUAUUUGGCAAAAAAUCAUGAAUUGUUAUGCGAAUAUUAUUUGAAUAAACUAAGUUGAAUAUUAAUUAAUCAGUAUUUAAUUUAAUGAACGCAACAUUAACCUUAAAAGUUUGUUAAUUAUUUUUUCAAAUAGUUUAUUAAAGUCUAGAAAUUUAAAUACACUUUUUACUAUGACAAAUACACGAAAUUCCGUUGAAACACUUCAACAAGAUAGUUUUAACAACAGAAAAGAUCAACUGUUAAAUUUGUUACUUCAUAAAUGUAGUAGAAUAAAAAAAAAUAUGUAUAAAUUUGUCACUGAAGCUAAAAUAUAUGAAACCAUGAAUGAAGUCUGCAAAUAUUUGUCGUCACAUCCAAUUUUAUUGGCUGUUUGCCUUUCAGUUGCUGCUGCAUUUAUUGUACCGGUAUUCUUAUUCAUUCUUUUUGCAGUAAUUAACGUUGCAUUUGCAUUUACUGGUUUCAUUGUUAUUGAAGUGGCAAUAAUUUCUGUUGGAGCUACAGUUAUUUGUUCCAUACUUUUUUGUCUUCUUUCUACAAUCAUAGUUUUAGGCAUUUUUUGCAUAUUUGCUUGGACCAUAGCUUGUUAUAUUUUUUCACUUAUCAAAAAUAUAACAACUAAAACGAUUCCUCGUAAUAAAAGUUUGUAGUUUAUAGACUGAAAUUAAUUAAUUAUUAAUCGAUUAAUGUAUUUAACAC